AUGACAACUGUAAACAAAGCAUCAUCCGCAUUUCUAUCAAAAUUCCUCGGACUUGAACGAAAGGUUGCUCUCGUGACGGGCUCCACAGCGGGUCUUGGUCGGUCCAUGGCCGAAGUCCUCCUGCAGGCUGGAUGUACCGUAUUUAUUAAUGGAAGAAAUCAAGAAAGGACUCAAGCGGCAGUCGAUGAAAUUGCCAAGCUGGUUCCUGGUGAGAAGAACCGAGUCUUUGCGGCCACUGGUGAUACCUCCGACAUUGAAGCUGCCACUGCCAUUGUCGAAGAAAUCAAGUCCAAAGUUGGAAGUCUUGAUGUUUUGGUCAAUAAUGCUGGAAUUAACUUGGCAGAAGGGACUUUUGAAGAACAAUAUUCUCCGGAAGAAUGGGACAAGAUCAACAAGGUCAACAUUCAAGGCCCAAUGAACAUGUCUAGAGAAGCCUUGCCUCUGCUGAAACUAUCCCCCGCUGGACGAAUCAUUAAUGUCUCCAGUAUGAUUGCUCAUGUCGGAAAUGGGGAGAACUCCUUGUAUACCAUGACCAAGGGAGCCAUGCUAGCUCAUACAAGAUCUUUGGCGGCAGACAUGGCCGGCAAGGAAGACUCGCAAAAUCUUACAGUGAAUAGUGUUUCUCCUGGAAUCUUCAUGACGGAUAUGAAUGCCAAGUUUACAGAGGAAAAGGAUAAACUGGCCACUGUGGAAGCAACUGUGCCCAUGCAGCGUUUGGGAAGACCAGAAGAGUUGGCGGGAGCUGUCUUGUAUUUGGCAUCCGAUGCUGCUUCCUAUACUAUGGGAGCGGAUGUACUUGUCGAUGGUGGCUUUGUCGCUGUAUAA